GGGGUUUAACACGGAGAGAACGAAGUGCGUUCCAGUCGUCCAGUUAUGCUGCAGGCAACUUGGAGGAUCACCAUGGUGACUUUGGUAGCCUCACUGUUGGUCCCAGGCAAAGAGAGCACCACCAACAUGAACAAGAAGUCCUUCCUGUACUUUGCCUAUGGGAGUAAUCUGCUGAAGGAGAGGCUGCAGCUGGAGAACCCCUCAGCUAGAGUCCACUGUGUGGCCCGGCUCCAGGACUACAAGCUUGUGUUCGGAAACCACCAGGGGCACCCUAGUGAUCGAUGGCAUGGGGGGGUGGCCACCAUCGAGCACAGUCCCGGAGAUGAGGUGUGGGGUGUCGUGUGGGAAAUGAAUUUAGACGACCUUGAAUCUCUGGACAGGCAAGAGAACGUAAAGCUGGGUGCAUACAGCCCAGUGGAGGUGUCUGUCAGAACCGGCGGGCAGGAGCUCACCUGUCGAACCUACAUCAUGAACAGCUGUGUGUACGCACCACCGUCUCCCCAGUACCUAAAGGUGAUAGUGAUGGGGGCUGAGCAGAACGGGCUGCCAGAGGAAUACCAGCAGAAACUGAGGGCCAUACAGACAAACAAGUAUGAAGGACCUCUGUUGGUGAUGCAGGACCUAGAGAAAGCCAUCCAGAAAUCCAAAGAGGAAGCCAACCAUUUACUUCAGCAGCGGACUGAACAAAUGCAGACCACAGAGUCCACUUUCAACACCACCAGUGUGACAGCUGUCAGUAACGUGACCAAUAACCACUUUUUGUACUUCGCAUAUGGGAGUAACCUGCUGAAAGAAAGACUGCAGCUGAGGAACCCGUCCGCCUGCUUCCACACUAUCGGCAUACUCAAGGGUUAUGCCCUGAAGUUUGGAUUUUGGGGAAAGGGGUUUGAGCGGCUGAACAUAUGGCAUGGCGGCGUAGCCACUAUAGAAGAGAAAAAGGACAGUGAGGUGUGGGGGGUCAUCUGGAAGAUCGGCAAUGAACAUCUCAGAACUCUGGACAAGCAGGAGGGUGUCGAUAUUGGCUUUUACCAACCGCUGGAGGUGAAAGUGGAGAUAAAGGAUGGAGAGCUGCUCUGUCGCACCUACCAGAUGAACAACUUUACAGCCCAGCUGACGUCACCACAGUACAAACAGGUGAUGUGCCUUGGGGCCAAACAGAAUGGUUUACCCCUGGAUUAUACAAAUAAGAUAUGUGCUGUGGAGACCAACGACUACAGCGGUCCCUCUGUACUGGAUGACAUCAAUGCUGUGAUGGAGGAUGAGAAACACCGUACUCCCCACAGGUGUACUGCUCGCACCACAUAAUAUCUGCUGUAUGAUACACAACAGGGACUAGACAUGCUAGGCACAUUAAUCCAGUCCAAAUUAUCUAAUACAUUCCAUUUA